AGAGUGAGAGUGCUUUAUUGAAAGAGUCACCAUGACCACUCCACUACUGAUGUGUGUUCUUCUGGCUCUACCCUGCUACAGCGCACCUGGGCAACUCAAUCGUUAUGGACUUCCAGUCUCUGCCCAUAGUAGGGAUUUCUAUGUCAGGUCUCCCAGAGAUCACCUAUGCGACAGUGGGAAAUUUGACAUUCUAGGGUUCACCUGCUGUGAAGGAGUAUUGCAUCAGGGGGCUGGGCAGUCCUGCUGUGGAAAAAGGUCCUUCAACCUCACCCAGGCUUCAUGUUGUGGUGGUCAGCUGACUCUGCAUGUGAGCCAGCUGGUGUCAGAUUGCUGUGGUUCUAGGGCCUAUGAUCCACUCAACCAGCUCUGCUGUGACUUACAGAUCCUAAUCAGGACCCAACCCCAUUCCAAGUGUUGUGGAAAAGAGCUUUACAAUGAAGACCACCAGCUUUGCUGUGGAACUGUCCUUCAAGGAAGGAAGGUCCUGACCAAAAUGUCUGGUCACCACCKGUGCUGUGGAGACCACCAGUUUGACGAGCAAAGCCACUGCUGCUGCCACAUCACUGAACCAUCAAACCAAGUCAACCCUAAGCCUCUCAAUGCAAGCUGCUGUGCCAUCCAGGAAGUGCCACAUGCUCCCCCAGCGCAAACUGGUCAGCACAUGGGAAUUGCUCAGAAUUCUCCAAACUGUAUGCCUGGGAAGAAGCCUUGUGGUCUAGGUGCCUGCUUUAACCCAACAACAGAACGUUGCUGUGUGAACCCUACAUCUCUCCAGGGACAAAGUUACUCACAUGACCAUACUCCAGGUCACUACCAUAGUGCUAGCUGUGGCUCUCAGGUUUACAAUCCAGACAUCAACAUCUGUUGUUCCGGGAAGCUGUCCAAUAGGGUGCUUGGRAAAAACCUGGUAAGUCCAUUAGCCCACAGACCUAAGGCCUACAGCUAA